ACACCAAACCACCACUGCAUACAAUGGAUUUGGAGACACGCAUCAAGGCGUAUCGUUUCGUUGCCUACUCGGCAGUCGCUUUUUCGGUGGUUGCCGUGAUUUCGGUAUGUGUGACCCUACCAAUGGUCUACAACUACGUGCACCAUGUCAAGAGAACCAUGCACAACGAGAUCACAUUCUGCAAGGGUUCCGCCAAGGACAUUUGGAAUGAAGUUCAUGCUUUGAAAUCUCUUCCAAACAGCAACCGUACCGCCCGUCAAGCUUACAAUGAUGCCGCCGUUACCGGAGGUGGUGCUCAGUCCGGAUCCUGCGAGUCUUGCUGUCUUCCAGGACCACCAGGUCCAGCUGGAACGCCUGGAAAGCCUGGACGCCCAGGUAAGCCUGGAGCACCGGGACUUCCUGGAAACCCGGGACGCCCACCACAGCAGCCAUGCGAGCCGAUUACCCCACCACCAUGCAAGCCGUGCCCACAAGGACCACCAGGACCACCAGGACCACCUGGGCCACCAGGAGAUUCUGGAGAGCCAGGAUCACCAGGACUUCCGGGACAAGACGCUGCACCAGGAGAGCCGGGACCAAAGGGACCACCAGGACCACCUGGAGCUCCAGGAGCACCUGGAACACCAGGAGAGCCAGGAGUGCCCGCACAAAGCGAACCACUCAUCCCAGGAGAGCCAGGACCACCAGGAGAGGCCGGACCGCAAGGACCACCAGGAUCCCCAGGACAACCAGGAGCCGACGGAUCACCAGGACAACCCGGACCAAAGGGACCAAAUGGACCAGAUGGUCAGCCAGGAGCCGAUGGAAACCCUGGAGCACCAGGACCAGCCGGACCACCAGGAUCCCCAGGAGAGCGUGGAAUCUGUCCAAAAUACUGUGCUAUCGACGGAGGAGUCUUCUUCGAAGACGGAACUCGUCGUUAAAAAGUGUUUUGUGUCUAAAAAUAAACUUAUUCAUUAGCAAA